UGUGUCCUCCGGAGGCCCAGUCGCUCCAUUCCCGGCCCGCAGGGGUGGGUUCCCAUUAGACUCUUAGGGCAGGAGGUGGGCCGGAGUAGAUUGCCCGAGCCUUCGGGGCGGGGACGGGAUCUUCCCGCAGUUCACUUCUGCAGGUCUCCAGUAUGCUUUCUCUCUGUUGGAAGGAAGGGUGCAACAGGAGGGAAGAGAAACUGAAAAAUUAUAGGCUGGUGUUUCUAGAUGCUGCAAGAAAAUCCUAGUUUUUCAUCUCAGUCAUCUAAGGACACUGCCAUUUCCCACGAGAAGAGCCAAGAGGAGGAAAGAAUGGCUGUUGGACUUCUUAAAGCCAUGUACCAGGAGUUGGUGACCUUCAGAGAUGUGGCUGUAGACUUCUCCCAAGAGGAAUGGGAUUGUCUAAAUUCUUCUCAAAGGCAUCUGUACAGUAAUGUGAUGUUGGAGAAUUAUAGAAUCUUGGUGUCCUUAGGACUCUGCUUUUCCAAGCCAAGUGUGAUAUUAUUGUUGGAACAAGGGAAAGAGCCCUGGAUGGUGAAGAGAGAGCUGGCAAAAGGUUUGUGCUCAGGCUGGGAAUCUAUGUGUGAGACUGAAGAACUAACUUCAAAGCAGGACAUCUAUGAAGCACAAUCAUCACAAAAGAUAAUAGAAAAACUUACAAGCUAUAGCCUUGAGUAUUCUAGUUUAAGAGAAGAAUGGAAAUGUGAGGGCCAUUUUGAGAGACAGCCAGUAAGUGAGAAGGCAUGUUUCAAGGAAGAGACAAUCACUGAUGAAGAAGCCCGUAUUAAUAGAAGAGCACAAGAAUAUAACAAAUCUUGGGGAAGUUUCCAUCCAAACACAUUGCUUCAUACACAACAGAUAAUCACCAAAGAGGAGAAAGUACAUAAACAUAAUACACAUAAGAAAAGCUUUAAAAGAAAUUUAAUGGCCGUUAAGCCCAAGAGUAUCUAUACAGAGAAGAAACUUUUGAAAUGUAAUGACUGUGAAAAAGUCUUUAGCCAGAGCUCAUCUCUUACUCUUCAUCAAAGAAUUCAUACUGGAGAGAAACCAUAUAAAUGUAUAGAAUGUGGAAAAGCCUUCAGCCAGCGAUCAAAUCUUGUUCAACAUCAGAGGAUUCAUACUGGAGAGAAACCCUAUGAAUGUAAGGAAUGUAGGAAAGCCUUCAGUCAGAAUGCACAUCUUGUUCAACAUCUGAGAGUUCAUACCGGAGAAAAACCUUAUGAAUGCAAGGUAUGUAGGAAAGCCUUUAGCCAGUUUGCUUACCUUGCUCAACAUCAGAGAGUUCAUACUGGGGAGAAACCUUAUGAAUGUAUUGAAUGUGGGAAAGCAUUUAGCAAUCGAUCAUCCAUUGCUCAACACCAGAGAGUUCAUACUGGUGAGAAGCCUUAUGAAUGUAAUGUCUGUGGGAAAGCAUUUAGCCUUCGUGCAUACCUUACUGUACACCAGAGAAUACAUACUGGAGAGAGACCCUAUGAAUGUAAGGAAUGUGGAAAGGCUUUCAGCCAGAAUUCACAUCUUGCUCAACAUCAGAGAAUUCAUACUGGAGAAAAACCUUAUAAAUGUCAAGAAUGUAGGAAAGCAUUCAGCCAGAUUGCCUACCUUGCCCAACAUCAAAGAGUUCAUACUGGAGAGAAACCCUAUGAAUGUAUUAAAUGUGGGAAGGCUUUUAGCAAUGACUCAUCCCUUACUCAACAUCAGAGAGUUCAUACUGGAGAGAAGCCUUAUGAAUGUAACGUUUGUGGAAAGGCUUUUAGUUACUGUGGAUCCCUUGCCCAACAUCAGAGAAUUCAUACUGGAGAGAGACCCUAUGAAUGUAAGGAAUGCAAGAAAACUUUCAGGCAGCAUGCACACCUUGCUCAUCAUCAGAGAAUCCAUCUUGGGGAGUCACUCUCACCACCCAAUCCAGUCAAUCACCAAGUCCUCUAGACACUAUCUCAUAAAUAUUUCCAGAAUUUAUACUCUUUUCUCUCUCUCUAAUGUUGUUGCCCUAGUCUAAGAUUUAUCUCAUUUGGAUCACCAUGCUGUAGCUUUCUAACAGGUCUUCCUAUAUCAACUUUGGUCCCCUUAAAUUCAUUUCCCACCAUACCCCGAACUUAUUUUUUUCUUUUUGAGUAUAAGAAUACAUCACUGCCUCCAUUUAAAACUUUUUUUUUUUUUUUUGGUUUACUGUUGUUCUUAAGCUAAUAUCCACAGUCUGAAAAUUGUCUAUGAGGCACUUCAUUAUAUGAUUCUUAUAUACCUUUUGGCCUUAUUUUAUUCCAGUCUCCUUAUCUGAGCACUAGGCACUUCCCAGGACUAAGAGCUUCGAUUCUGGAAAAUCAUAGCUCUACCACUACUGUGGCAUUGUGUGACUUUGAGUAAUUUGUUUGACUUGUAUAAACCUCAGGGUUUUCUUUAAUUCUUAAGAUAGGGAUAAUAAAGGAUACUGUAUUGUAGAAAUGUGA